UUUCCAAAAUUGCUGCCGGUGGGUGACCCGAAAUAAAAAAUGCCGCAGCUAAACGGCGGUGGAGGAGAUGACCUAGGCGCCAACGACGAACUGAUUUCCUUCAAAGACGAGGGCGAGCAAGAGGAGAAGAGCUCGGAAAACUCUUCGGCAGAGAGGGAUUUAGCUGAUGUCAAAUCGUCUCUAGUCAAUGAAUCAGAAACGAAUCAAAACAGCUCCUCCGAUUCCGAGGCGGAAAGACGGCCUCCGCCUCGCUCCGAAAGUUUCCGAGACAAAUCCCGGGAAAGUUUGGAAGAAGCGGCCAAGAGGCAAGAUGGAGGGCUCUUUAAGGGGCCACCGUAUCCUGGCUACCCCUUCAUCAUGAUCCCCGACCUGACGAGCCCCUACCUCCCCAACGGAUCGCUCUCGCCCACCGCCCGAACCCUCCAUUUUCAGUCCGGGAGCACGCAUUACUCUGCGUACAAAACGAUUGAACACCAGAUUGCUGUUCAGUAUCUCCAGAUGAAAUGGCCACUGCUUGAUGUCCAGGCGGGGACCCUCCAGAGCAGACAAGCCCUCAAAGACGCCCGUUCCCCAUCACCGGCACAUAUCGUUUCGAACAAAGUGCCGGUCGUGCAGCACCCUCACCAUGUCCACCCUCUCACGCCUCUCAUCACCUACAGCAAUGAGCACUUCACCCCAGGAAACCCACCGCCACACUUACCUGCCGACGUCGACCCCAAAACAGGAAUCCCACGGCCUCCACACCCUCCAGAUAUAUCUCCAUAUUACCCGCUUUCGCCCGGCACCGUAGGACAAAUCCCCCAUCCGCUAGGAUGGUUAGUACCACAGCAAGGUCAGCCCGUGUACCCCAUCACCACAGGAGGAUUCCGUCACCCCUACCCCACUGCUCUGACAGUCAAUGCUUCUAUGUCCAGGUUUCCCCCCCAUAUGGUCCCACCACAUCAUACUCUCCACACUACCGGCAUCCCCCAUCCGGCUAUAGUCACGCCAACUGUCAAGCAGGAAUCCUCUCAGAGUGAUGUCGGCUCCCUCCACAGCUCAAAGCAUCAGGACUCCAAAAAGGAAGAAGAGAAGAAGAAGCCCCACAUAAAGAAACCUCUUAACGCGUUCAUGUUGUAUAUGAAGGAAAUGCGGGCAAAGGUGGUAGCUGAGUGCACAUUGAAAGAAAGUGCCGCCAUCAACCAGAUUCUUGGGCGAAGGUGGCAUGCACUGUCCAGAGAAGAGCAAGCAAAAUACUAUGAGCUGGCCCGGAAGGAGCGACAGCUUCACAUGCAGCUGUACCCUGGCUGGUCCGCACGGGAUAACUACGGGAAGAAGAAGAAGAGGAAAAGGGACAAACAGCCGGGAGAGACCAACGAACACAGCGAAUGUUUCCUAAAUCCUUGCCUUUCACUUCCUCCGAUUACAGACCUGAGCGCUCCUAAGAAAUGCCGAGCGCGCUUUGGCCUUGAUCAACAGAAUAACUGGUGCGGCCCUUGCAGGAGAAAAAAAAAGUGCGUUCGCUACAUACAAGGUGAAGGCAGCUGCCUCAGUCCACCCUCUUCAGAUGGAAGCUUACUAGACUCGCCUCCUCCCUCCCCCAACCUGCUAGGCUCCCCUCCCCACGACGCCAAGUCACAGACUGAGCAGACCCAGCCUCUCUCGCUCUCCCUGAAGCCCGAGCCCCUGGCCCACCUCUCCAUGCUGCCUCCGCCGCCUGCCCUCCUGCUGGCCGAGGCCCACGGCAAGGCCCCAGCCCUCUGUCCCAACGGGGCCCUGGACCUGCCUCCUGCCGCCCUGCCGCCACCCAGCCUCCCCUCCUCGGCCCUGGCCCAGCCAUCGACUUCUUCCUUACAUUCCCACAGCUCUCUGGCCGGGACCCAGCCCCAGCCUCUCUCCCUCGUCACCAAGUCUCUAGAGUAGCUCUCGGCCUGGUUUGCUUUGUGUCGUGUUCGCUUUGGGUUCGGCUUCUCUUGGUUUCCGCCCGCCCCUGGAAAGGUUCUGUUUUGUACUCCUGUUUUGAGUUUGUGCCACGUGGCUACAUUAGUUGAUGUUUAUGGAGUUCAUUGGUCAAUAUUUGACCCAUUCUUAUUUCAAUUUCUCCUUUGAAAUAGAUGAGAGAAGAACCUCAUGAUUCUACCAAAAUUUUUAUCAACAGCUGUUUAAAGUCUUUGUAGCGUUUAAAAAAUUAUAAAUAUAUAUAUAUACAUAACUGUUAUGUAGUUCGGAUAGCUUAGUUUUAAAAGACUGAUUAAAAUAACAAAAAAAAAAAAAGGGAAAAAAAGCAGCAAUUUGGAAGCAGCCCUCCAGAAGGAGUUGGUUCUAUAUUAUUUGUAUUAAAUACGAGCUUGCGAACCAAUCAUUUCACAUCUGGUUUUGAGACCCUCAAGGGCACAUGAAUGCAGUGCCGUGACCUUUCCUUUGCUAUUUUUUUUUCUUCUGUGUGAAACAACUUUUAUUGUGAUGUUACUUGUUAUUGUUUAAAUGUACAGAAACAAAGGGUUAAAAAUGUGUUAAUAGACCUUGUUCCCUGGUGUUGUUCCUUUGGGGAGGGGAAGCUACUCAACAAUGAAAUGGCUCACAGCGCUGUCGGACCAGUAGUAUUUAUUGCUUUAGAGAUCGCUCGUCCUACUUGUACAUCUUCCCUUUUAAACUAUGUUCUCUUUUGUUCUCGAAAUUGUAAAGUCCCCCCCCUUAGCAUAAGCAUCUUAUAUAUAACAAUUCAUUUGUACAAGGUUUUUAAGUUUAUAUAUAAAAUGUGUACAUAUUAUUUUUGUUGUUGCCCUUUUGUGACU